CUUUCUUGAUUUUUUUUCUUUCAAACUCCAGAAUUAAACCGCCACCAUGUCGAGCAAAAAAGCCAAGACCAAGACCACCAAGAAGCGCCCUCAGCGCGCGACGUCCAAUGUCUUCGCCAUGUUCGACCAGUCGCAGAUCCAGGAGUUCAAGGAGGCCUUCAACAUGAUCGACCAGAACCGAGACGGCUUCAUCGACAAGGAGGACCUGCACGACAUGCUGGCCUCGCUGGGGAAGAACCCCACCGACGCCUACCUGGACGCCAUGAUGAACGAGGCCCCGGGCCCCAUCAACUUCACCAUGUUCCUCACCAUGUUCGGCGAGAAGCUCAACGGCACGGACCCCGAGGACGUGAUCAGGAACGCCUUCGCCUGCUUCGACGAGGAGGCCACAGGCACCAUCCAGGAGGAUUACCUGCGCGAGCUGCUCACCACCAUGGGCGACCGCUUCACGGACGAGGAGGUGGACGAGCUGUACCGAGAGGCGCCCAUCGACAAGAGGGGCAACUUCAACUACAUCGAGUUCACGCGCAUCCUCAAGCACGGGGCCAAGGACAAGGACGACUGAGGGCCGGAGCCCGCGGCCACCCGCCUCCGUCCCUCCAGGCUGCCCCGUAGAGCCCGUUGCAUGCACUUAAUCAUGGCUUUGCUUCUGAUGUAUUUAUUCCAGACCUUCCUCCCACCACGUAGCAGUUGUGUAAUCAGACUGGAAAUGGAGCGAAGUUGUAAAUUGUACUGAAAAAGAGAUUGCAAAUAAAAAUCGACAAAUGUGAAAGCCCA